AUGUCAUUCCAUCUGCCUGGACCUGGUCCUUCAACGAAUCGCCGUCAAGACUUCCGUUUCAAGCGUCCAGAUGAUGACUGGGAUGCUUCGAAAACUGGCCCGUUGGUCCUGGAGGAGCGCGGCGGAGUAGCGAAGAAUGCUGAAGAGGGUGUCGUCGUUUACCACAACCCAUACACGAGCCAAGCUAUCAAGCUACAGCGCGCUAGACUACCGAUUGCAAAGAAUAGAAAUCACAUACUAUAUGCGCUGGAGAAGUAUAGAGCGUUGAUCAUCGUUGGCGAAACCGGGUGCGGGAAAAGCACACAAAUUCCGCAGUAUCUUGCUGAGACUGGAUGGUGUUCGGAUGGACGUUUGAUCGGGGUCACCCAGCCAAGGCGCGUAGCUGCUUUGACGCUUGCUGCGCGAGUGGCGGAGGAAUUUGAUUGUCUGCUCGGACAAGACGUUGGAUACACCGUCCGAUUCGAUGACGCUACGGAUGACCGUACCAAAAUCAAGUUCAUGACUGACGGUAUCCUACUCCGCGAAAUGUUGCUGGAUCCGUUGCUGACUAAAUAUAGUGUGCUGAUGAUUGACGAAGCACAUGAGCGCACGACGAAUACAGACGUACUGCUUGGACUUUUGCGUAAAGUAAUGACGUUGCGCCCAGAUCUCCGAAUUGUUGUCUCUUCAGCCACACUUGAUGCAGAAUUGUUCUGCAACUUCUUUGAACUGAAUGAAGGCACGGACAAGGAGAAGGAUACGGCUACCAUUCUGUCGGUCGAAGGCCGCACGCAUCCUGUUUCAAUCUAUUAUACGAAGACGAGUGUGCCGAGCUAUGUAGCCACCGCGGUCGAAUCGAUUAUGACAAUCCACAAAAACGAGAUGCCUGGAGACAUUUUGGUGUUCCUCACCGGGCAAGAUGAAGUAGAAGAGGUGUGUAAAUUGACUAGGGCGCAAGCGAAGGAAAUGAAUCUGAAGAAGUUUGAUAAGCUCUGGGUGGUACCCAUGUACGGCUCUUUGCCACCGAAAGAACAAAUGAAGGCGUUUGAUAGCACGCCUCAUGGGGUCAGAAAAGUUAUUGUGGCGACCAACAUUGCCGAGACUUCGGUCACGAUUCCUGGUGUCUCAUACGUCAUUGACGCUGGCUUUGUGAAGCUCCGCGCAAUGAAUCCGAAGAAUGGGGUGGAAACUUUGAUGAAGGUUCCAGUCUCGCGAUCUUCCGCCGAUCAACGGGCUGGCCGAGCAGGACGUAUUCGCCCUGGCAAAUGUUUCCGUCUUUAUCCGGAAGAGCAAUAUGCCAAACUAGCUGAAGGGACUGUGCCGGAAAUCCAGCGCUGCGACCUGGCAGAGACGCUUCUGCAGAUGAAAGCGCUGGGAAUUAAAAACAUCCACAAAUUUCAUUACCUGAGUCGGCCGCCUUCCACUUCGGUCAUCUGUGCGUUGGAAUUGCUCUAUGCGCUUGGGGCACUGGAUAAACAGUCUGUGUUGACUUCGCCGGUCGGCUUCCGAAUGAGUGAGAUGCCACUGCCACCCAUGCAUGCAAAAUGUCUCCUGACUUCCGGUGAUGACGACUUUAAAUGCAGUGAGGAGAUGGCUUCAAUUAUUGCUAUGAUGCAAAUUCAGGACGUCUUUAUCACACCGUCGUCUGGAAGGCAACGAGCGGAGAUGGCGAAGCGUCAAUUUUCGGUCGAGGAGGGGGAUCAUCUCACAUAUCUCAACGUCUACACCAGCUAUAACAAACGCUCGAGGAAGUGGUGUGCAGACCAUUUCCUCAAUCAUCGUGGCCUUCAACGUGCUGAUGCUGUUAGGGCUCAGCUCGUGGGAUUGAUGAGACGAUUGAAGAUUAGAAUGGUCUCUUGUAAAGGACAGAUCGGCGCAUCUGAACGCAUCGUGCGAUGUCUUGUUUCGGGCUUUUUUACUCAGGCGGCUCGUUGGCAUCAUACUGGAAAAUAUUUAUCGGUGAAAGAGGACUAUCCGUUUGGUGUUUACAAAGGGAGUGCCGUAAUGUAUGCAAAAGAAUAUCCGCAAUGGGUAAUUUUCUCUGAGGUGCUGGUGGAUUCGAUCCGGGACAUCACCGUCAUUGAGAAGUCGAUGCUGUAUGAAGACGGUUCAGGCUAUUACGAAUACGGAACGGAAGGUGAAAUCGCCAGCAAGCGAGCAAAGCAAUCCGGCUUCCAUCGUGACGACUCGGACUCGGACGAUGGAUGGGUUCCAAGCCCUCCACGAUUGAUGCCGAUCGUUCGCCCCAAAGAUGCUACCAGAGGCCGACCAUACGACCAUGAGGGUGACACAACGGAUGAAGCCAGUCCA